AUGAGCCAUCUUGUGUUUUGCUUCGAACCGCCAAGCCCGGAGUUUUAUGAUGAAGUCCACCGCCAGACCACCUAUCCUUUCUGGAAAUGUGAACAACUGGUUCUGCGACCCGAGUAUAAAGCACUGGCUACUAUACCAAUAGCAGAAGUUGCUGAACCUAACGUCUCUGGAAUUGAAUCAGAGUCUGACUCUGACUUCGGUCAAAACGACGAUGAAUCUGAGCCGGAGGGUGAACCAGUCGACGUCCUCGCGAUUGGAACGGAGAACGCAGUACAAGAAUUUCUUGACCUAAUCAAACAGGAACGCGCAAAUGGGAAUGCAAUUUGA